AUGUCGAUUCUCAGCAAGAAAUAUGAAGAUAAAGAGAAAGAAUCUCUAUCUCAAAUAGAGAACUUGACAGAAACACUCAGCAACUUGGAAAAAGAAGUGGAAUCCCUUAGCACUCAGAAAAGUAAACUGGAAGAAAAUGUGCAGGCUUUAUUGAAUAAAGUCAACGAAAAGGAGGGAGAGAUAGCGUCUCUAUGCAGUCAAAAACUUGAAUCAGAAAGUCAAUUGGAGAAAAGUGGUCAAGAAAUUGCAGAGUAUGUUAUUCAGAUAGGGAAUUUCAGAGAACAGGCUGCUAAAAUGACUAUGGAUCUAGCAAAGACCGUGGAAGAGAAGGAAGGGUACGAGUCAAAAGUCAAAGAUCUAGAACUGAAGCUUGAAUCCUUGAAUAGCCUGAAAGAUGAAUUAGAAUUGCAAGUUGAGAAAAAGGGUAUUGAAAUUUCUGAAGUUUUGAUCCUGAGUCAAAGUUUGAAAGAAGAACUUGAACACAAGGCGCAAGAACAAGUGAAGACUGUGGAAGAGAAGGAAGGCUAUGAGUCAAAGGUGAAAGAUCUAGAAUUGGAGCUGGAAUCCUUGAAGAACCUGAAAGGUGAAUUAACUCAACUUGAGAAAAAAGGUAUUGAGAUUUCAGAACUUUUAGUCUCAAAUGAAAGUCUGAAAGAAGAACUUGAAAAGAAGGCGCAAGAACAAGCAAAGACUGUGGAAGAGAAGGAAGGUUAUGAGUCAAAGGUCAAAGAUUUAGAAUUGGAGCUGGAAUCCUUGAAGAACCUGAAAGAUGAAUUGGAAACUCAACUCGAGAAAAAGGGUAUUGAGAUUUCAGAACUCUUAAUCUCAAAUGAAAGACUGAAAGAAGAACUUGAAAGCAAGUCCAAGGAUCAAGAGAAGACUCUAGAAGAGAAGGAAGGCUAUGAGUCAAAGGUGAAAGAUCUAGAAUUGGAGCUUGAGUCAUUGAAAAACCAGAAAAAUGAAUCAGAAAUGCAACUUGAGAAAAAGGGUAUUGAAAUUUCAGAAUUCUUAAUUCUGACUCAAAGUCUGAAAGAUGAAGUUGAAAACAAGUCCAGAGAUCACGCGAAGACCACAGAAGAGAAGGAAAGCUAUGAGUCUCAGGUCAAAGAUCUAGAACUGAAGCUCGAAUCAUUAAACACCCUGAAAGUUGAAUUAGAAACAGUAAUUGAGAAAAAAGGUACUCAAAAUUCAGAACUUUUAGUCUCGAGUGAAAGUCUGAAAGAGGAACUUGAAAUCAAGUCAAAAGAACAAGCAAAGACCAUGGAAGAGAAAGAAGUCUGUGAAUCAAAGGUCAAAGAUUUGGAAUUGGAGCUCGAGUCCAUUAAAAACCUGAAAAAUGAAUUAGAAACUCAACUCGAGAAAAAGGGUGUUGAGAUUUCAGAACUCUUAAUCUCGAGUGAAAUUCAGAUAGAAGAACUUCAAAACAAGUCACAAGAUCAAGCGAAGACUUUGGAAGAAAAGGAAGGGUUGGAGUCAAAGGUCAAAGAUCUAGAAUUGGAGCUUGAAUCACUGAAGAACCUGAAAAAUGAAUCAGAAAUGCAUCUCGAGAAAAAGGGUAUUGAAAUCUCAGAAUUCUUAAUUCUAACUCAAAGUCUGAAAGAAGAAGUUGAAAGCAAAUCCAGGGAUCACACGAAAACCAUUGAAGAGAAAGAAGGCUAUGAGACACGUGUCAAAGAUCUGGAACUGAAGCUCGAAGAAUUCAACAACCUGAAAAUUGAAUUAGAAGCACAACUUGAGAAAAAGGGUACUGAAAUUUCAGAAAUCUUGAUCUCGAGUCAAACUCUGAAAGAAGAACUUGAAAACAAGUCAAAAGAGCAAGAGGAAGAGAAGGGAGGAUAUGAGUCAAAGGUCAAAGAUCUGGAACUAAAGCUCGAAUCCUUGAACACCCUGAAAAAUGAAUUAGAAAUUGAAGUUGAGAAAAAGGGUAGUGAAAUUUCAGAACUCUCAGUCCUGUGUCAAAGCCUGAAAGAAGAAAUUGAAAGCAAGUCAAAAGAGCAAUUAAAGACCAUGGAAGAGAAGGAAGGUUAUGAAUCACAAGUUAAAGAUCUUGAAUCAAAGCUCGAAUCAUUGAGCAGUUUGAAAGUUGAAUUAGAAACAGAAGUGGAGAAAAAGAACACUCAAAUUUCAGAACUUUCAGCAUUGAGUGAAAGUCUGAAAGAGGAACUUGAAAGUAAGUGUAAAGAACAAGCAAAGAUUGUGGAAGAGAAGGAAGGGUAUGAGACAAAAGUCAAAGAUCUAGAACUUGAGCUCGAAUCUUUGAACAACCUUAAAAGUGAAUCAGAAAUGCAUAUUGAGAAAAAGGGUAGUGAAAUUACAGAACUCUUAAUCCUGUCUCAAAGUCUGAAAGCUGAACUUGAAAGCAAGUCAAAAGAUCAUGCAAACACCAUGGAAGAGAAGGAAGUGUAUGAGACAAAAGUCAAAGAUCUUGAAUUGAAGCUUGAAUCAUUGAACAGUUUGAAAGUUGAAUUAGAGACAGAAGUUGAGAAAAAAGGUACUCAAAUUUCAGAACUUGUAGUCUCGAGUGAAAGUCUGAAAGAGGAACUUGAAAACAAGUCACAAGAUCAAGCGAAGACUUUGGAAGAGAAAGAAGGGUUUGAGUUGAAAGUCAAAGAUCUUGAAUUGGAGCUGGAUUCCUUGAAAAACCAGAAAAAUGAAUCAGAAAUGCAACUUGAGAAAAAGGGUAUUGAGAUUUCAGAACUCUUAGUUCUUACUCAAAGUCUGAAAGAAGAAGUUGAAAGCAAGUCAAAAGAACAAGCAGAAGAGAAGGAAAUGUAUGAGUCAAAGGUCAAAGAUCUAGAAUCACAGCUUGAAGCAUUAAACAACCAGAAAGUUGAAUUAGAAACAGAAAUCGAGAAAAAGGGUGCUCAAAUAUCAGAACUUUUAAUCCUGAUUCAAAGUCUGAAAGAAGAAGUUGAAAUCAAGUCGAAAGAACACAUGGAAGAGAAGGAAUGCCAUGAGUCAAAGGUCAAAGAUCUUGAACAGAAGCUCAAUGAAUUGGAAAUUGAAGUGGAAAAAAAGGGUACUGAAAUUUCAGAACUCUUAAUCUUGAGUCAAAGUUUAAAAGAAGAAAUUGAAAGCAAGUCAAAAGAUCAAGCAAAAACAGUAGAAGAGAUGAAAGAUUUGGAAAUUCAGAUUGAAAGAAUGAAACAAAAGUAUUCAGAAGCAGAAGUGAAAAUCAAAGAAAUGGCUGAAGAGAUUCAGUCAAAAGAACAAACGGUUGACCAAAUGGAGGAAGCCAUGGAAGACCUGAAAGGAGACCUGGAAAUCAAAGGAGAAGAAGUCAACACUUUGACCGAAACAGUCCGAAACCUUGAAGUCAAAAUCCGCCUCACAAACCAAAAGCUUCGUGUAACAGAACAAACACUAAACGAAAAAGAAGGCGAUCAUGCAGGAAAAGAAGAAAAACUCCAUCAAGAAAACAAAUCCCUCAUAGAAAAAAUCUCAACUUUAUCCAAAACAAUCACUUUUUAUAAAGAAACCGAAGAGAUUAUCAAGAAGGAGAUUUCAUCAAAAGUCAACGAGAUUUCUUCCGGGAUUGACUCGCUCACUGUGAAAUUCGAAGAAGAUCAAGGACACAUCUCGACACGGGUUUAUGAAAUCAUGAAUGAAAUUCAAGCUGCAAAGGUUUUGAUGAAAGAAAAGGUGGUGAAAACGGUGAAGGAAUUGAAGGUUGUUGAAGGUGAGAAGGAGAGAUUGAUGAAAAAAGCUGAUGAGAAAAUUAGUGAAAAAGAUGACAAGAUUAAGGAGCUUGAGAUUUUGGUUAACGUGAAAGAUAAGAAUUUACUGGAUUUAGGAGAGGAGAAGAGGGAAGCGAUUAGACAGUUGUGUAUUUUGGUUGAUUAUCAACGUGAUCGUUAUGAUCAUUUGCUAUCCAGGAAAAUGACAGUUGGAAGAAAGCAAACUGCAAGGUAA